AUUCAUUACGCUAUUUCAGAGCAAGAGGGGCUUCACGGGGCGAAAUAGGCGGCAUAUAAUGGAAAGUGAACAGGUUGGGGUGUUCGCCCUCUAAGUAGAGGAUCGUCCGAUUGAAUUCGACAUUAUUUAAUGGAGUUAAAGUCCAGGGUGUGUGACUGACGCGUCCGUACAGAUGCUGGCGGCUCCGGUCGCGCCGGGGGAAGGAGAGGUUUUAGCAUCGUUAGAUUUGUUGUUAUUAUAAUCAGCUGACCGGGGCUGAAAUCGCUCCGUUCGCUGUUUUCUAGAAAGCGGCUAUGAGCGCUUGUCAGGACAAAACGUCGUUGAGUUGUUCGCAAAGCAGGGGAAGUGUCGAUGAAUGGGGGAGGAUGGAGGAUGCGUGCGCGUCCUGCUUUGUCGAACCCACGGGCGACGCGAUACUCGCCGGGAUGGACGCGGUGCAGUCGGGCAUAGACGGACAUCUGCCGCUGCCCCGAGGCCCACGAGGACUGAUGCUCGGCCUGGUGGACGAGGGCUUCGCCGCCUAUCACGGCCGUCUUGGUUCUGAUCCGGACUCAAAUUAUCUCGACAUCCCCGUAGACCCGAACUACACCGAAAGUGACGGGAACGUCGUCACGAAAAAGCGCAGCCGCUCCAACAGCUCGCGGCACCGCGGGGAAGUUGUCACGGAGCUCGGACCCGAGGAGGUGCGCUGGUUCUACAAAGAGGACAAGAGGACCUGGAAACCGUUUGUUGGACACGAUUCUCUGAAAAUCGAGUUGGCGUAUCGCAAAUUCUGCGAACUUAAUCCGACCGAGGUCAGGCGGAGGGAUGCGGGUGAAGAGGCAGAGGAUUUAUUCGAGUCACCGUCAGGAUGCGAAGCACCGGAGGUCCGGAGACAGUCGGUACCCGAGAGCGCGGAGGCUGGAGGCUCCACGGAAGAGACGGAGCUGGAUUCAGAGAGCAUCAAUGUGGACGCAGUGUGCGUCCGUGGAGGACUCUACGAGGUGGACAUCAAAAAGAAGGACUGUUAUCCUGUAUACUGGAACCAACAGGACCACAUCCCGGUCAUGAGAGGCCAGUGGUUCACGGAUGGGACCUGGCUGCCCCUGGAGGAAGAGGACAGUGACCUCAUUGAACUGGAGCAUCUCGCCCGUUUCCGAGGCCAGCAGAUGAAAGACACCUUUGACACGGAAGUGGUGCCCAUUACGGUGGACACCAAAGAUGCCAUUCACAGUCUGAAACUGAGCCGGAGCCACGUGGACUGGCACAGCGUGGAUGAAGUGUACCUUUACAGCGACGCUACCACUUCAAAGAUCGCACGGACUGUUACUCAGAAACUGGGAUUCUCCAAAGCGUCCAGCAGCGGGACCCGCCUCCAUCGAGGUUACGUGGAGGAGGCGGCUCUAGAGGACACGCCUCCUGAAACAACGCACAUAGUCUUUGUGGUACAUGGGAUUGGCCAGAAGAUGGAUCAGGGGCGCAUUAUUAGAAAUACAAGCAUGAUGCGUGAUGCUGCCCGCAAGAUGGAGGAGAAGCACUUUUCGGACCGAACAAAUGAACACGUUGAGUUCCUUCCUGUGGAAUGGCGAUCUAAACUCGCCCUGGAUGGAGACACUGUGGACUCCAUUACUCCAGACAAAGUGCGAGGUCUGAGAGACAUGCUGAACAGCAGUGCGAUGGACAUCAUGUACUACACGAGCCCUUUGUACAGGGAUGAGAUCACCCGGGGAUUAACCAAAGAGUUGAACCGACUCUACACGCUCUUUUGUGAGCGCAACCCAGAAUUUGCAGAGAAUGGAAAGGUGUCCAUCGUCUCCCACUCGCUCGGCUGUGUCAUCACCUUUGACAUCAUGACCGGGUGGGACCCUGUGCGCUUUGUUCACGAAGAGGUGCCAGAUGCUAUGGAGGCUCAUGUUAGCAGACAAGAGCAUCAGCUACUGGAAGAUCUUCGAAACACCUGCUUAAGAAUGAGGGAUUUGGAAGAUACGCUUCGGCAUUUACAAACCUCAUCCUCAAGACCCUUUCCAGCUCUGAAAUUCAAGGUGGAGAACUUCUUCUGCAUGGGGUCUCCUCUGGCUGUGUUUUUGGCUUUGCGAGGGGUCCGUCCUGGAAACAACAGAACGCAGGACCACUUCCUCCCCAAAUCCAUCUGCCAGAGGCUUUUCAACAUCUUUCAUCCCACGGAUCCCGUAGCAUACAGGUUGGAGCCUCUCAUCCUGAAGCAUUAUAGCAAUAUAUCACCUGUCCAAAUUCACUGGUACAACACCAACAGCCCCACACCGUAUGACCAGAUCCGUCCCACUCUACUGAAUCCGUCAAAGGAAAGUGCUUCUGUGUCCGAUACGGAGAGCCUCCCGAGCCCCUGCACCUCCCCUCCGCAGCCCCGCAGACACUACGGCGAGUCUUUCACCAGCCUGGGCAAGGCCAGCAUAAUGGGAGCAGCAAGUAUAGGUAAAGGCAUUGGCGGUAUCCUGUUCUCCAGGUUUUCCCGCUCUAGUGGACAGGUGGGUGGUGUGGAGGAGGAGCCAUCAGACUCUGAAGGCGGGGCUUGUGAGAAAGGGGAAGAGUGUCGGCCUUUGGAGUUAGACGAUAUACUGGAGGAGAAGACCGAGGAGAAAACUGAGGAGAAGACAGGAGACACCAGCAUGUCACAAUCAGCCUCUACCAUUAUGGAUAACUCGUCCUUGGAGCUUGAGAAACGCAUCGACUUUGAGCUGAGGGAGGGUCUGGUGGAGAGCCGCUACUGGUCAGCGGUGACGUCACACACAGCCUAUUGGUGCUCCCACGAUGUGGCUCUGUUUCUGCUAACAUUCAUGUACAGGCCAAACGAAGCCAAUGACCUGCCAGAGGACAACCCUGAAUCAUAACAAACACGUGAACUCUGACACAGCAUCACCUUUGAUCGCUCCCUUAAUAUAGUUUAGCAGACCUUGUUCACUGUGCAUCAGAGAUCCUGUCCUUGCCUUGUUUUCCCUCGAUUUAGAAGCACAUCCAUGGAAGAGACUAACUCUCUCCACUUCAUCCUCCGAUUAAGCCUGUUCUUAACCUCGAUGACAUAGAUGGUGGUUAUGAUCCUGCUUGUUGCAGCUUUGAUGAUUCCCCAAGCGGCGGUCGCCUCAUAUCGACUGGUGUGUAUUGACAGUGUUGUGGUUGUAUGACUGACAAAGAUCUGCUGACUUGGAGGUUUGCCUUCAGAAGGGUUUUUUUGAGAAGUACAUUAGCUGUGUUUUCUUGCCUAAAAAUAAUAGUUUUGAAGAAUUUAACAAAUGUAGCAUAAAUAUUAUAGGUUUUUUUUAUUUAGAUGAUAAAACGAUCUGUAUCACUUCUGAAAGUGGCCAAAUGUUGAGUAGUUAAUUCGAAGAGAAUAACCAUUAGUAAACGUGAUUCAGGCAAAAAUAUCAAUUCUGUUAUUAUUUAUUCAACCUUAUGUUGUUCCAAAUUCCUGUGAUUUUUCUUACGUCAAAAGGAGAUAUUUUGAAGAACUGUACUAGUUUUCUUUCUCCGUGUCAAUAUCAGUAUUAUUUUAGUUUAAUUCAUAUGCUAUUAGUUUAUAUUAAUAUUUUGAAUUUGUUUUUUUGUUUUCAUUUUAAUUUUAUUUCAAGUUUUAUUUAAUUGUGUGUGUGUGUGUGUGUGUUUUGUUUAUACAGUUUUUAUUAAUUUUAUUUAUUUCAGUUUUAGUUUAUUGUAGUACGUUGUCGCCUAAUAAAAUGUUUACUUUUUAUAUUUUAUUUUAGUUAUUGAUUAUUUUAAGUAACAUUUUUAUUUAUUGUAUUUAUUAUUAUUAUUAUUAUUUUUAGUUUUAGUUUUUAUUAACAAUAAUAGCCAUGUUGAAAACUGAAGCUUUUAAGCUUAAUAAAUGACACAAAACAUCAAAGUUUCAUAAAAGCAACAAUAUUUCAAGUCCUCUGGAUUUAAUGUGAAGAACGGAUUGAAAUGUAUGUCAUUAUUCCCUAAAAAUGUUUUCAUCUGCCAUAGCUCUCCAUUCCAGAGUCAUGAGAGAAGCAGAAAUGUCUGAUUCACGAAUGAAUCUUUAACCGAGUCAGAUGUUUUCUGAAUGAUUCGUUCAUGCAUUAGACUGAUACUGAGCUCAACUCUCUGAAUCUUUGACCUUUCAGUCUGUUCCUGGAAAUAUUUUCUAGCUUCAGAAGAGUUGUUACAUAGUUGUAUGGACCACUUUUAUGAUCUGUUUUGCACCUUGAAAGCCUCAGUUUCCAUUUAUUGUAACUGGAGAGAUCGACUAGAACAGUCUUCAGAAGUUCUUCCAUGAAACAGAGAAAGUUCUAAUGGUUUGGAACAUCAGGGAGGAGUUUUUUCUUCUUCUUCUUUUCUUUCUGAUACAUUUGAGGCAUUAGUUUCUCCUCUGCACUCGCAUGAUAGACACUGAACUCCACUGCACAUUUGAAUGCACUCUUUGCUAUGAUCACCACCAGAUUAGAGGUUUUGCUUUAACAUGCAUGAAAGACAAAGUCUGAACGUUUUCCACUGAGGCUGUUCGAAAAACUCCCUACAACUGGAUCUCCUCAUAGUUCUUUCCAAGUUGAAACACACAACAUCUUUCACAUGUUGCAUUCUCUGCAGUCGGCAUAUCAAACAUGUUACUCGUCAUGUUGUUUUCUGAUGGAUUAUAGCACUAAUGAGCCAUAUAGUCACAAAAACAUUGCCAUUUUAAAAGAACUAUUGUUUUUGUGUUACGUCCAUGUUUUCUGUAUUAAUUUUGUAUGAUUAGUUUACAAUAAUUCUGACAAAUGACACCCCCAUGCCUUUAUCGAUGACAAGAGAAAAGCACUUAACAUUUCUCCUUACCUCACCCUUGAAUGUGCCAAUAAACUGAAGAGUGAGAUCUUUACCAAGCGCGUGAUCCGAGGGAAAUGUCUGCAUUAUGCGUGCAUAUAUAUCAGAACUGGACUGUUCAUGUUUAGCUUCAGUGUGAACAGAGCUGUUCCUCUUUUAUGAACCUCCUGUUUUUCAUUAAAAUUGAUAUUGACCCUC